AAGAUUAUCAGUUUGUGGACUUUGAACUCAAUAAGAGGGCAAAUCCAGUGAAUUUACAAGCUCUCCCUUUUGUUUUCUCCUCUACAUUGCAGAGGUAAGUAAGACUGCUAGCUUUUCUGUGAAUUAUUAAAAAAAAAAAAAUUGAGAAUUAUUUCUGUUCCUCAUUUCUCGCUUGAUCGCUGGAUUUUUAAUCGAGGAAUUUGGGCCAAGAUUUAUCGGAGAUCUGAGCUUCAUCUCUACAAACUAAACCAGCGUAUCUUCGGUUUCUCUUUCCUUGCUUUUUCCAAUAAAUUUUCUAAAUUUUCCAGUAAGUUUUCUCUAUGGAUUUGCUUCCGUUUGCUCUGAAGUCUCGUCAACAAUGAACAACUUUUGCAGUGUCCGAACAAUUUUUUGCAGAGUCCCUUAGGGAGUUCUGAUAUUUUGCGGUUUCAUUAUGCAACUAGGUUUUUUACAGUAGUUUGGUCAAGGUUUCUUUAGCUCUCAGCCCUCUUGUAAUCACUAAUUAGAAAAUGCCCAAGUCCUCUCUCUCUUGUCUCUGUAAUCUUAAGUUUCUGACUCUGUAAUCCAUGAAUGAACUCUUUUAUUGAAAAGUUUAUGACUCUGUAAUCCAUGAAUGAACUCUUUUGUGUCAUGAAUGAACUCUUUUGUGGGAACAUUAGUUCAGUGGAAAGCUUGAAGAUAUUCGGAUCUAGAAAUUUUGUGCAGAGGAUUAUAGGAACAUGGCAUCGGGUUCUAGUGUCGAAUUCAAUGGCUGUAGUCUUCUUCCUUUCACGGAUGUUCCAGAACAUUCUAAGAGGUUUCCUCCCUUUCCAGAAAGCUGCGGCUGCACCACAUUUGCCUUUCCUGGUAUGAACUACAUGGAUUGGCUAAUAAUGAUGAAGGGGAACUCAGUCAAUGUUGGGAAUAUUGGGAAUAUGUGUACUGCUGGUCGCCCUCCUUUUCCAUCUCCUACUCCUCUUCGAUCUUCAAAUGGAUUUCCAGUUCCUUUUAUUCAUGUGGACGAGCUUGAUUCAGUACCAAAAACAGUAGCUAACAUGAGCUCAAGUGAAGCUCAGGAAUCACCUCUAGCACCUGUGACACCAGAAAAGAGUAUUGGGGAAGAGAGGAUAAGGAACCACCAGUCCUCAGUGGCCACUGAUUUCUAUUUGGAGAGAAAUUUGCAUCCAAGGAUCUUGUCCGAAUAUUUGACAGAAAAUAUCCCACAACCUCAGGUCUCCCCAGAAACUUUGCCACAAAAUGCUCCACUGCAUAUGGAAUUGUCGGAAACAUUGCCAGAAAACAAUCCACACUGUAGGAUCUUGCCUGAAAAUGAGCCUGGUCAUACGGCACUCAGUAAAGAAGGCAGCUUUGUUCCGGAGAACCAAGAGAAGGAAUGCCAGAUCGUGGAAAAGAAAGAAGCUCAAGGCAUGGACCUAUACAAAACACCAGCUCAAAAACCACCAAAGAGGAAAAAGAUAAGGCCAAAAGUGAUCAAAGAAGGCCAAACCAAUAGGACCCCAAAGGCUGCUGCCUCAAAAGAAAAUGUGCCAACAAAGAAGAAGAGGUCCCCAGGAAAGCGUAACAAGGCCAACACGUCCCCUACAGAAGCCAUAACCAAUCCCGCUAGCGAGGCUGCCAAUUUUAGUGGUGUUACUAGUUUGGCUGCUAGUGUUGGUGCUGGUGCUAAUUUGGUCCCUAAUACUAGUAAUGCUUCUAGUUCAGCAACCAAAGUUCGUGUUGACUUUAUUACAGCUGCCAGAGUUAGCAGUACUCCUUCAUGCAGGCGGGUUUUGAACUUUGAUGAUGAAAUCCAUCAUAGAGAGGAAGACUUGAAAACAGCUGCAAUACCCCAAGAGAAACUUCAGCCAAGAGAGAUCAGAUUUGAACCAACUAUACGGGUUCAGGACAAACAUCCAUUUGAUAUGAACCAGUCACAACCACAAAUUCCAGACAGUUACCAUAUGCCACCAAAUCCACCUCUGGAAAACUACCAUAACCCAUCACAAAAUCCACCUCUGGUGAGCUGCCAUAAUCCACCUCCGAAUCCAGAGUUGGCAUCUUCAAUGAAGCGAAAUAUGAAUGUAAAAACCCUUGCUCGAAGAAGAGACGUGGGAACUACCCAGGCACAUCAUGGACAAGUCCAAGAAGUGGGUUUUUCUUCUAAUGAACUACAAUUUCGAACAAAAGAGUCAGUUCACCCUAUUCUUAGACUCAAGCAAUCCUAUACAGAGAUGCUUCAGGAGUACAGUGUACACAAGAAAAGUCUGCAAUUCCCAAAUUUUCAGGUGAACAAUAUGGCUGGGAAGAGGCUCUGUGAGCCUGCAUCCAUUGACCUUUCCUCUCCUUCUACCCAGAUAGCUGGAGAAAUCUCAAAGAGUUGUGUGCAGGAACCAGUACGUAACAAGAAACUAACAGACAAGAUGUUGUUCAUACUUAAAAGCACUGGGAAAGAUGGUACGGCCAGACCUAGUGCUUGUGAGUAUGAUCGCAAAAGAGAAAAUUUCUCCAUGAAAGCACUGUCAACUAAUGUUCGUGGAGGAAGCCAUGUCAAUUUUGACCUCCAUGUCCAUAAGUAUAUGGUGGCCACAACUACCAGUAUGGAAGAAAAGGAAAAGAGAAGAAGAAGAAAGAGAAAACAUGACCAAGUUGAGGACUUGAACUCUUUGCAAUUGGCUGGGAAUUACAAUUUGAGAUUAACAACAGAGCCCAGUGCAGGUUCGAUGAAGCAAGCACCAACUCCUGUCAAUAGGAAAUUGAAACGUGCAAAGAAGGAAACUCAUCUUGAAGAAAUCAUGCGCCUUCAUGCUCAAGGGGUCUUGGAGAAUCAAUCUUCCUUUAUGAAAUCUCAUUCUUAUUCUCCCCAAAUGCACAAAGAUGGCAUCUCAAAUGAGAUUUCUUUUCCCCAUCAUCCUCAACCUGGAGGGUGGCAUAUCGUUCCAAGGAAUUUCACUCAUGAUCAUCAUAGUAGCAGCAUUGCACAAUGGGGGUCUCAUGCAUCAGAGACAUUGUUCGAUCCUAUUGAUGUGCUUGUCAAAAAAUUGAAAGCUCUAGCAAUUAUCGAUGAGAGCAAGGAAAAUCAGUUGGUUCCUUACAUUGGAGAUGGUAAAAUGGUGCCAUACGAAAGACGAAAGAGGCGUUCAAGGAUCAAAGUUGAUCUAGACAUGGAAACAACUCGGGUCUGGAAGCUUUUGAUGGGCAAUGAGACUGAUGGUCUAGAUGGACUCGACGAGGAGAAGGAGAAAUGGUGGGAAAGGGAACGGCAAAGAUUCGAAGGACUUGCGGAUUCAUUUAUUGCACGCAUGCAUCUGGUGCAAGGAGACAGGCGAUUCUCGAAGUGGAAAGGAUCUGUCGUUGACUCGGUAGUUGGAGUAUUUCUAACUCAGAAUGUCUCCGAUCACCUUUCCAGCUCUGCAUUCUUGUCCCUUGCGUCGCGCUUUCCUCACAAGAGAGGUAGCAACAAUGCAACAGCUCAAACACCCUCAGUGGAGGUGCAUUUGCAAGAGCCACAAGAGAUCAUCCAACAAGAGCCAGAAGUGAUCAUCAUGGACUCUGAAGAAACAAUCCAUUGCCAAAACUUAUCAAUCAAACAAAGUCAGCAAGAAAGCUCUGUGCCCCCUCAAGAAAAUGAAUGCAGAGAAGAUCUUAUAAAGGCCAUGGCACAGUAUAACGAGUCAUGUGAAAAUGAUGUCAUGUAUGACAAACAAUGCUUAUUACAAGGGAUGGAUUUACCUAGAUCUGAAAUGAGUCAGUCAUCAUAUGUGGAAGCGAUUGAGCAUCAACCAAACAAUGAAACUAUGGAAAAGAACAGAUCAAGUCAGACAGAAGCAGAGAAUGGGGAAUCAAUGCAAAACACUGAUCUGCAAUUUACCUCAUCCCAAGAUUCUACUUCGACCAUUCAGACUGUGGAGCACUAUGGAUCAAGUUCAGGAUCCACUCCUGAAAGAGAUGAGAUGAUGACCAGUUGCAAUCAUGACAAUGCCAAUGGCUCUUCCUUCAAAGAGCUUCUGAAUAGAACAAGGACAAAAAUUAUAUGGGAUUUGGACCUAAAUCGGACCUAUACUAUGUCAUCUGAGGAACAUAUGCAUGAGAAGGAAACACCAAGUUUGGAUCAGUCAGGUGAUGGAAAGCUGUCAAACUCAUUGCCAAAUAAUAGCACGCCUAUGCUCCAGAGAAAAGUUGAGUUAAAGGAAACAAUUGAAAAAGAACUUUCUGCUGCUUACAUUUUGUUGAGAGAUUCAAUUACACAUUCCACACAUGAGAAAUGCUCUGAAGCUUCACUUGAAGAAACAAAAUCUCCUGUUGUCUCAACUGAUAUUGAAACUGAUGCUGAGAGUUGCAUCAACUGUGAAAGAAAUCAACCGGCUUCCAAUAAAGAAACUUUAGCAGAACCUAUUACUCUGCAAAAUGAAACUUUUGGCACCAAUUUAUCCCCCAAUACCCAAAACUGUGGAGAACAAUUGCAGUCAUCACCCUCUUUGGAACCAGGAGCUCUCAGAAGAGAUUCCAACUUAAGCAGCAUUUGUGAAAAGGAGAAGAACGAGGACACAACUCAGGAACUAGAUGGCACUUGCCAUCUGAGUUCAGGUUUAUCCCAUGAUCAUGCAAUUGAUUUCUCAGAAGAGUCAGGGAAGCAGAAUCUCUCAUCUGAAAGUUCUUUGAAUGCAGAUGAAACCCGGGCUGAAAGAACUCCCAAGAGUUUAGGGCAGAAAGACGAGACAGCAGAGCAUUUUAGUUCAAGUAUACUAGAUCGUCCUCAAGAUAUUGCUGAAUGCUUGAGAAUAGAGGACAGGGAAGUACCCGUAGAAAAGAAUCCAGAUGCCCCAAAUAUAAGGGAUGGAAGUUCCAGUGUCACAAAUGAAAAUACUGAAAGAGUUGAAGAAAAACAGAAGAAGGGAAAGGUGACAGUAGUCAAGAAAGCGGUUUUCGAAUGGGAAUCCUUCAAAAGGCACAUACAACCAUGCUCAGGAGCAAGAGAUCCCGACUCGCAAGACUCUGUGGACUGGGAAGCAGUGAGAUGUGCCAAAGUAGAAGAUAUAGCUUAUACCAUCAAGGAGAGAGGGAUGAAUAAUGUACUUGGAGGAAGAAUAAAGAAUUUUCUCAAUCGGCUGGUAGAAGAGUAUGGAAGCAUUGACCUUGAGUGGUUAAAAGAUGUUCCUCCUGACAAAGCCAAGGAUUACCUCUUAAGCAUAAGAGGAUUGGGACUCAAGAGUACUGAGUGUGUCCGCCUAUUAACCCUUGAGCAUCUAGCUUUCCCGGUCGAUACAAAUGUUGGUCGUAUAGCUGUACGACUUGGAUGGGUGCCACUUCAACCACUACCGGAGUCCCUUCAGUUGCAUCUUCUCGAGAUGUAUCCAGUGCUGGAGUCUAUUCAAAAGUACCUAUGGCCUCGUCUAUGCAAGCUCGAGCAGAAGACACUGUAUGAACUCCACUACCAAAUGAUUACAUUUGGAAAGGUCUUCUGUACAAAGAGCAAGCCAAAUUGCAAUGCAUGUCCAAUGAGAGGGGAAUGCAGACACUUUGCAAGUGCAUAUGCAAGUGCGAGAUUCGCCCUACCAGGUCCACAAGAGAAAGGCAUUGUGGAUUCUAUAAAUCCAUUCAUGUACAUGAACAAGCACAGUUCAGAAAUCCACCCAUUACCAUUGCCCCCAUUGGAGCCAAUGCCUAUCCCACAAGAAUAUUCCAAUCCCAUUUGUGAACCAAUCAUUGAAAUGCCACCAUCACCAGAGCCUAAACGCUUUGAAACCUCAGAUAUUGACAUUGAGGACACUCCAUGGGAAGAUACAGAUGAAAUUCCUACGAUCAAUCUCAAUCUUAAGGAACUAUCACAAAAUAUACAGAAAUGCUUGGAAGCAAACAAUUGGGACCUCGGAAAUCCAGAUAUGUCACAAGCAUUGGUAGCUAUAACUAAAGAAGCUGCUUCAAUUCCAAUGCCAAAGCUCAAGAAUAUUAGCAAACUGCGUACUGAGCAUCAAGUCUAUGAACUUCCAGAUGACCACCCACUUCUGAAAGACCUGGAUAGAAGGGAGCAAAAGGAUCCAUGUCCAUAUCUACUUUCCAUAUGGACUCCAGGUGAAACAGCAGACUCAAUUGAACCACCAGAAGUGUGCUGCAAUCAAGCAUCAGGCAACUUGUGUGACAAAGAGACUUGCUUCUCUUGUAACGGAAUACGUGAAGCUAAUUCCCAAAUAGUACGAGGAACAGUUCUGAUUCCAUGCAGAACUGCAACGAGAGGGAGUUUUCCACUGAAUGGUACUUACUUCCAAGUCAAUGAGGUGUUUGCGGAUCAUGAAACCAGCUUGAACCCAAUUGCUGUUCCUAGAGCUUGGAUAUGGAAUCUGCCAAGAAGAAUUGUUUAUUUUGGAAGUGCUGUCCCAACGAUAUUUAGAGAUCGCAGUAUUGAGGAAAUUCAACAAUGCUUUUGGAAAGGAUAUGUAUGUGUCCGUGCAUUUGAUCGAAAGUACCGGUGCCCACGUCCCCUAAAACAUAGAUUACACGCACCACCAAGUCAUAUAACCAAAAUUAAGAAUGGGACCACAAAGGAUGAUGUCAAGCCCAAAUCUAAGGAAGUCAUGACCCAUCCACCAAGCCACCAAGCCAAAAAUAAGACUGGAUUUAGUAUGAAUGAACUCAAGCUCAAAUUCAAAGAAGCCAUGACCACUAUUCGAAGGUAGAAGAGUGAUUGACCAACAAAAGGCUCUUUAUUGGCAGUCCGCUCAGGCAGAUGCCUGUGUGCACAAGUUAGAAGGCGGCUACAUUGUUGGAACCAAUGGAUCACCUGGAUCUGUAAAUGGGUGUAUAAAUAAUUCUCAUUAUUUAUAUGCAUUUUCGAAUUGAGCUCUUUUUCUACUGUUGGUUGAUCAUAUGAAGUCUAUAAGCUAAAUAAGCGCCAAAGAUCCACUUGUAAACUAACAAGAAAUUGACCUUUAUUGUAAUUCAGAAUGAUUAAACAUGUACAGCUCAAUGUUGCAUCGUUUCGUAUCA